CGGAAAUGAUUUUCAUGUGGUUACAGUACUGUUUCCGGGUGAACCCUGUCUAAUGCAGUGUCACAGUUCUCUGUUGUUUUCACUUUUUAUACUUGAAUACUUCUUAAAUAAAAAUUACGAUGUCCAGGGGAUCUACUGCAGGGUUCGAUCGACACAUUACCAUCUUCUCCCCGGAAGGUAGACUCUACCAAGUAGAAUAUGCAUUCAAGGCUAUAAACCAAGGUGGCCUCACCUCUGUAGCUGUCCGGGGCAAAGACUGCGCAGUUGUCGUCACACAGAAAAAAGUACCGGAUAAGUUACUAGAUGAUUCCACUGUCACCCACUUGUUCAGAAUAACUGAAAACAUUGGCUGUGUGAUGUCUGGCAUGACAGCUGACAGUAGGUCCCAAGUGCAGAGAGCUCGCUAUGAAGCAGCUAACUGGAUGUACAAGUACGGCUAUGAGAUCCCAGUGGAUAUGCUGUGCAAGAGGAUCGCCGACAUCUCUCAGGUGUACACACAGAACGCUGAGAUGAGACCUCUUGGGUGUUGUAUGAUUCUGAUUGGUGUGGAUGAGGAACGCAGCCCUCAGGUAUACAAAUGUGAUCCCGCUGGCUACUACUGUGGCUUCAAGGCUACCGCCGCAGGGGUGAAGCAGACAGAGGCCACCAGUUUCCUGGAGAAGAAGGUUAAGAAGAAACUGGACUGGACCUUUGAACAAACGAUAGAGACAGCAAUAAGUUGCCUGACAACAGUGCUGUCCAUUGACUUCAAGCCCUCAGAGUUGGAGAUUGGAGUGGUCACAACGGAGGAGCCCAAAUUCAGGAUCCUUUCAGAGGCAGAUAUUGAUGUUCACCUGAUGGCUCUGUCAGAGAGAGACUGAGGCCAGCCACUGGCUCCGAUGCUGUUCCAGACCGGAACAAGACCCCUGAAAGCACUACUACAGAUAUUUAAAUGCAGGUCAACAAUCAAGUGACAAGUUGUUUGCUGUUUAUUUACCCAGUUUCAUUAAAGAUGACAUUUUGGAGAAACGUA